UUUUCUUUCUAAUUUGACUGGUAUCCUAAAUUGGUGUUUUUCACAAAACAAUCUUAAUUUGAUAAUUUCGCAUAUUUUGACUGUAAAAUGAGAACUUUUUUUUUUCCAAUGGCAUUAAAUUAAGAGAAACUCCAUUUUCAAGUUGGCAGUAAUUGGUGGUGGUGACGAUCAACAGCAAAGAAAGAAGUUAGGAGACGAAGAAGAAGAAGAAGAAUGAGACUGCAAAAAAUAGCUUCGGUCCUCAAGAACCGCAACAGAAAGCAGCAGCUCUUCACCACUGCGUUUUCACGCUCUUUUUCUCAACUUCUCUCGCAAUCUCAAAGCAGAGGUUCAUUUGGCAUCGCGUUUGAUAUCGAUGGUGUCAUUCUUCGUGGCGAAUCUCCAAUCGGAGCUUCUCCUCGAGCUCUUCAACGAUUAUAUCACCCUUCCGGUGCUUUGAGGAUUCCUUUCAUUUUCUUGACCAAUGGAGGUGGCUUUCGUGAAUCUAAAAGAGCAAUGGAGUUAAGUACGCUUCUAGGCGUCCAUAUUUCACCUUUGCAGGUUGUACAGGGUCACACACCUUUUAAACAGCUGGUGAAUAGAUUUGAGAACGAAUUUGUUGUUGCUGUGGGCAAAGGAGAACCUGCUGCAGUGAUGUCUGAAUAUGGAUUUAAAAAUGUUCUCUCAAUAGAUGAAUAUACAUCUUAUUUUGAUGGCAUUGAUCCACUAGCACAAUAUAAGACAUGGACAAUUAAGCAGACUGCAAAGCAUAGUAGUACUUCGGAGCAGACGACUACAGGAGACCAAAUCCACUCACAGAGGGUUCAGGCAGCAUUUAUUGUUAGUGAUUCUGUUGACUGGAGCAGAGACAUUCAGGUCCUGUGUGAUAUUUUAAGAACCGGAGGUCUCCCUGGCAGGGAGAUUGGACACCAACCACACUUGUAUUUUGCAAGUGAUGACCUUGCUUACCAGGCUGCUUUUCCUUCAGAGCGCCUUGGCAUGGGAGCUUUCAGAAUUGCACUAGAAUCAGUAUUCAAUAGAAUUCACCCUAAACCUCUAGAGUACACUUCUUUUGGAAAGCCAAAUCCGUUUGUAUUCAAGAAUGCUGAAACUGUUUUAAAGCAGCUUUCAUCUCUUCAUUGUGGUACUGAUCCUAUGGAUCAUAUGAAUGCUGAAAUUCAUCAUUUUACUACACUAUAUAUGAUAGGAGACAAUCCUUCAGUUGACAUUAGAGGUGCAAGACAGGCUGGACGUCCCUGGUUUUCUAUCUUGACAAGGACAGGGGUUUUCAAGGGAACAGAAAACUAUACUGAGUUUCCGGCAGAUCUGGUUGUUAACACUGUAGAAGAUGCUGUGGACUAUAUUUUGAGAAAGGAGUGCACCUAGGACACAAGGGCUUUGAUCUUCUUUUUGGUUUUUCCGUGGGCAUACAUUGUCAAUGGAAAGGAGAUAUUGGAGGGUAAACAGUCUGGUAUUGUUAUCUAUUAGCAUCAGAAAUUAUUCUUUUUCGUAGGCUUAAUGUCAAUUCAUUGAUUACAAUAUGGUCACAUCUUCAUGGCAAUAAUAUACCAUAUUUUCUUUUUA